UCACAACUCACAAAUUCAUCCACAAAUCGUCACGACCAAAGAGAUAUAAUAAUGGAGAACAAGGAAGAGGAUGUGAGAGUUGGCGCCAACAAGUUCCCGGAGAGGCAGCCGAUUGGCACGGCGGCGCAGACUCAGGACAAGGACUACAAGGAGCCGCCGCCGGCCCCCUUGUUCGAGCCUGGUGAGAUCACUUCCUGGUCCUUUUACAGAGCCGGGAUCGCCGAAUUCAUCGCCACUUUCCUCUUCUUGUACAUCAGUAUCCUCACCGUCAUGGGUGUUCAGAACUCCCCUUCCAAGUGUGCUUCCGUCGGGAUUCAGGGCAUCGCAUGGGCUUUCGGUGGCAUGAUCUUCGCUCUCGUUUACUGCACCGCCGGAAUUUCAGGUGGACACAUCAACCCUGCGGUAACUUUCGGACUAUUCCUAGCAAGGAAAUUGUCGCUGACACGGGCAGUGUUCUACAUGGCGAUGCAAUGCCUGGGGGCCAUUUGCGGUGCUGGUGUGGUCAAGGGUUUUCAUAAGACGCUCUACAUGACCAAGGGCGGCGGUGCCAAUGUAGUCAACCAUGGCUACACCAAGGGCGAUGGCCUCGGAGCUGAAAUAGUUGGGACUUUUGUGCUUGUCUACACCGUCUUCUCUGCCACUGAUGCCAAACGGAGCGCCAGAGACUCCCAUGUUCCCAUAUUGGCUCCAUUGCCAAUUGGAUUUGCAGUUUUCUUGGUUCACUUGGCAACCAUUCCUAUUACAGGAACUGGUAUUAACCCUGCCAGAAGUCUUGGAGCAGCCAUCAUCUACAACAAAGAUGCAGCUUGGGAUGAUCAUUGGAUUUUUUGGGUCGGACCAUUCAUCGGAGCGGCCCUUGCGGCUCUAUAUCAUGUGGUGGUGAUCAGAGCCAUCCCAUUCAAGAGCAAGUGAUCUUCUUUGUCCCAUAGCAUGAAAGCAGUGCCUUUUGAUCAUUCAACUUGUUGCAUUAAAUUUGUUUGAAGAAACAAAAUUAGGAGAGACAGAAAAAACAAGUCCAUGUUGUAAUUUUCCACACUUUUCUGUUUUGUUUGGUUUGCUGUAUGUAUUAAAUCAUCUGUGUUGGAGAUUGCCAAGAUUGUGAUGGGAUAAAUGCUCAUGUUAAAGAGAGGCUUUUGAAAAUAUCAAAUAACACAAAAAAGAAGUGUGUAA